CGCACGGAGACCCCUUUGGGCAAGCGGGGAGGUCGGGGAGAGAGGGAGCCGCGGGCCGAGUUUCGGGGUCGGCGAGGUCCGGGAUCGCCGGGGAUCCGCGUUUGGGGGGCCGGAUCGGCGCGCUUCCUGGUUGACGUCACGAGGGGCACGGCCCCCCUCUUGUAUAAAUAGGCUGCGAGGCAGAGCGUGGCUCAUUCAUAAGAUUUCGGGCCCGGGAAGGAAAACCGGCGGCGGGCAGCGGAGAAAGAAGCGAGCGCCGGAGGGAGAUCCCGACACUGCUGCUCGGAAACCGCCCGAUCGCGUCGGAUUGCUGGCUGCUUCUGUGGGGGGGAGGGGGGGGGGUGUUCUCCCGGGCGCGCGUUGGGGUUGGAGUUGGCUCGACCGGUGGAACUUCGGCCUGCCGCUGCCUUCGGGACCAUGCUGUUGCUUUGAAAGGAGAGCGAAGGGGGGGACCCGAGGGAGCCGUCUCCCCCUCCGCCAGGCGACCCGGAGAAGAGCAACUCUCGCAGGCGCCCCGAGCCUUCUGCCUCGGAUCCGGCGGCGGCGACCACGGCAGCGGCAGCAGCGGCGGGAGGGUCGGCCGGCUGGCUGUGCUCGGCGCUCACCUUGGCUUCCAGGCGCCCCCGGCGAGGCCGCGGCCUUUCCCGGCGCCCCCGAGGGAGAUGUAUCAGGGCUUCCCCGGAGACUACGACUCCACCUCCCGGUGCAGCUCGUCCCCUUCGGCCGAGUCCCAGUACCUCUCCUCGGUGGAUUCUUUCGGGAGCCCCACGGCCGCCGCUGCCGCCUCCUCGCAGGUAAGAGCCGCGGAUCGCGGUGUGUGUGUGUGUGAAGGGACAAACACUUGCUUGACGGGUUCUUUCGUCCAGCCAUGGGAAUCGGGGGGUGUGCGUCCUUUGCACCGGACUCUUCCGGGCGCCGGGAUCCAGGAGAUCGGAGGCGGGGACGGGGCUCCCUUCUUACUCCCCUUGCAGUUCCCUGCACCCCCAGCCCCUGAUCCAAGCGCUGGUCAGCUCGGGGUCUCCGGUGCUUGCAUGCCUGUCUGCCUAUCGGGGGACUCUCACGCCGCCCCCCCCACCGCAACUGCAUGUGCUUUUCGUUUUCCUCUUCCCUCCCCGCCGUCCUUCCUUUUUUGCCCCACCUGCCCACUUCGGCCGAUCCCCUCCCAAAUUGAUCCCGAUUGCGGUACAGAUCCCCCCCUUCCCUAUUUUAUUUCGUUUUUAAAACACGCGGAAAUUAAUUCUCCGGAUCGGGUGUCCGACCCGCGAUUGGAAAGCAAAAUAGAAUUAAAAUCUUCCGGCAGUAGCAAUUGAAACGGAUCUCCCGCAAAACUCUCCCCGCGCGCGCAAGUCUCCCCUGCGGUCCGCAUUCCUCAACUCUCUCCGCUUCCCGCACCCCGCUUCCCUCCGGGGUUUCGAACGCGCAUGCGCGGAGAGGAGGAGGGGGAGUGGAGGAGGCGAGCGCGAAGACGAAAGGGGGGAAAGGGGGGCGGGGUUGUGCGUAACGCAUGACGUGCUGGAACCCUCCGUGCUGACGUGAAGCACGCACGGCGCGUUUCUCCUCCACCUCCUCCUCCUCCCCGAGGCGCGCGGGUUAUUUUGGAACGCUGGUCCACCCCCGUUGCUAAGGGGCGGGGCGGGCGGGAGGAGCGCGCGGAUUGGCCGGGCCUGGGAAGGGGAGGCCACGCCCCCUCCAGCCCCUGCUCGCUGCUGCUGCUGCUGCUUCUAUCUUGGUGCAAGUCAGCAGAGCAAAAAGGAAAUGCUAAAAAUAAUCCUCUCCAACUGUGGAAGGAGCAGGAGUGCAAUGCUUUGCGUCCCGUAUUUCGGGGGGCAGUUUCCAGCUCCGCACUCCAUAAUGCCCCCUUUAGCUGGAAGAGAGAAACGGGCCUUGCUCCAGCCCAUAAUAAGCAUCCAUCUCUUUCCUUCCUUGUUAAAUUGGGAGAGGAAGAUGCAUGCCCUCCCAAUGUUGUCCCUGGUCCUCUGGGAGCUCUAGGGGCGCGCACGCCCCUCUGCAAUUCAGAGGGGGCUGCAAUGAAGGGAUGGAGGAGCCCCACGGCUUGCUCUGAGCCACUGGUGAACGUGGGAAAUGGGUAAUGUUAUGGGCAUCAAUGUACUUGCUUCUGACACUCCAGCCAGGAAUGGCAGCCAGCCCCCGACCCAUUUGGAAGUGUGGGGCGGAAGGCCAGAUAUAGUGGCUUGGAGGCAGCUUGGCUUCCCUGUGAAGUGCAUAGCGUCACUCGGGUGAAACCCUUUCCCUUUGCUUUUAAGGGAAGGAGCAGCAAAUUUUAGGGAUGAGCCUCAUUUUGCCCUCCGAUUCACUGCUUUCCCCACCUGGAGUUGAGUUGCUUUAGAGCACCUUGUCUAAGAGUUAUUUCUGAGCUGUGUUACCUGCAGGGUGAAUCUCCGGCAGCUUUCUUCCCCUCAGAUCUUAUUGUACUUGGGACUCUUAUUAUAUCACACCUUCUGGUAGCUUGUGUGCUUUGAGGUUUCGUCCUAAAAAAAGAUGAGAAAAAAGCCAAGGUUUCGAACCAGAGACUAUUAUUCCCAGUAUAGGUGCAGGAUACAAUCACACACACACACACACACACACACACACACACAAAUAUAUGUAUCUUCCCCUGAAAAGCAAUAAAAAGAAUUCUGGUAUCAUGUCCUAAAAGUGUCCAUGGUGGUGGCAGUCACUGAUGGCUGAUGCUUCCUCUUCAUUUGAUCUCGUGAUAUUUGUUAAUAUUUCCUGAUGUCACUUAUUCAAGGAAUGAGAGGUUAGCCUUCAGUUCUCAAGCUGGAGAGGGAACAGUGUUUGCCACAAGCUUCCAACUCUUUUAACAGAAAUCCAACACGCUCAGUGACAGAAUAUCUGUUUAUUGCAUCUCCACUGCAGUUGGCAAUUCCUCUCUCAUAACCCAGAUGACAGAGCCAGCUGUGGUGGCUCAUAUCAUAGAGUUGCCAAGGGGUCAUAAGGGGUCAUCGGGUCCAAGCCCCUUUGGUCUUUGCUAGGUGACACUUUGGCUUAGACAUGGGGUUGGUGCUCCAGGUGUCAUUGGGACUAAAGCUGAAGUUGAUGGGAUUUGUAGUUCAGCAAUGCAGGGGGCUGGACUAGAUGACCCUCGGAUCCCAUUCCAACUCUACAGUUCUCCCCCCCCCAAAAAAUGAACUCAAAGUGGCUUACAAACAUUAAAUAAUAAUAAUAAUUUACUAUUUAUACCCCACCCAUCCAGCUGGGUUUCCCCAGCCACUCUGGGAGGCUUCCAACAAAGUAUUAAAAUACAGUAGUCUUCCCUAAAGAGGGCUGCCUUCAGAUGUCUUCUAAAAGUCUGGUAGUUGUUUUUCUCUUUCACAUCUGGUGGGAGGGUGUUCCACAGGGCAGGUGCCACUGCCAAGAAGGCCCUCUCGGUAGUGGCCAAGGUUGCUUUUAAAAACCGUAAUAAUGAAUGAGGUUGAGAAGAAACCAGCUGCACACACUAGCUCCCACAAACAUUUUAUUGAUAAAGCAAAAUACUUCAUUUGUUAGGCAUUCGCCUUGGGGGGGGCGAAUGAUCCAUGUCACCUGGAUCAUUUAGGCCACGGUUGCCUACAAAGGUGCUUUGUGAAGAAGGAACAUGGAAGCCUUAUUUCUGCCGUCCUCUGAGCAUGCAUGCCUCUUUCUCUCUCUCCCUCCCCAGGAGUGCAGUGGCCUUGGGGAAAUGCCCGGAUCCUUUGUGCCAACAGUGACUGCCAUAUCGACUAGCCAAGACCUGCAGUGGUUGGUGCAGCCCACCCUGAUUUCCUCAAUGGCCCAGUCUCAGCAGCCUCCGGGCCAGCAGGUGCCGCCUCAACAGCAGCAGCAGCAGCAGCCACCCACUGUGGACCCCUACGACUUGCCGGGGACCAGCUACUCCACCCCAGGACUGAGCGCUGCCUACGGUGCCGGCCCCUCGGGGCUGCCUGCCGCCCAGCCACGCUCCACCAGGGCCCGGCCCCGAAGGACUCGGGAGGAAACGGUGAGCGGGGAGGAUUGUAGGGCCCUGCUUCUCCUGUGGAACUUCCUCUGGGGAGCCGGCGACGAGGUUAUUAACUCAAAUCGUUUUGCACCCUUGAUUUGGCCCCGCUUGACAGAUUCCCCAAAUAGCCUUAACGGUUGCCUUUGGUAUAUAUAUUUUUGGGGAGGGAUGUUGGCUGGUUGCCUUCUCUGCCCUCUUGCCCCCUUGGUAGCUUGGGGGAAAGUAUGGGUGACUUAUCCAGAUUGCAGUGACGAAUUUGCCAGUCCACUGUAGCCGGAACCACUUCGGAUUCCUGGCUGGGCAGUGUCCAGCUAAGGUGGGCUGCUUGACCCUCCCAAAUCUGGUGUUACGACGUUGCUGCAUCUUUUCAUAGACUUGCAGAGUUGGGAAGGGACCAUUAGUCAUCUAGUCCAACCCCCUGCAAUGCAGGAAUCUUUUGACCAAUGCGAGGCUCAAACCCACAACCUCUGGAUUAAGAGUCUCAUAGGGUUACUUGAGUGUAUUCUCCUGGGUUGAAUACUGGGGUGUAAAACCCAGUAUGUCCAUUUGCCCCACCAGAAUGAGCAAAGAUAGUCUUGGCGGCAGGGGUCGCUUGUGUGGAUCCCAGGAUUCUUGACAGCCAGUCAGGAAAAGGGAUCUGCUGUCUCUUCAUGAAGUCCAAAGAUAGACCAGCUUCUCCAAGGUUCAUUAGGGAUGGAUGCAGCUGGUUUGCCCUGCAGGAGAGAGGUGGUGGCAAAGUCCUUUGGGACGAUGCCAUGUCCAGAAAGGGAGAAUUGUCUCUAGCCUUCAUCCAUGGACUGACCGCCUCUUUCUCCUGCCCUUGCAGCUGACACCUGAGGACGAAGAGAAACGCCGUGUCCGGAGGGAGAGGAACAAGCUUGCAGCAGCCAAGUGCAGGAAUCGCCGCCGUGAACUGACAGACCGACUUCAAGCGGUGAGUGGCGAACGGGGACUUCCUGGCCAUGAGCUUUUUGGUGCCACUGGCCCUGCCCUUGGGGGGGAAACCCACAAGCUUUGAGGGAGGUGGAGCUGCCUCAGGGCCCUGUUCUGCUUGGCUUAAUGGCCAAUUUCUGUCUAUUGCAUUUAUAGCCCACCUCCCUCACAUUUAAUCUCCACAACAACCCUGCGAAGUAGGUCAGGCUGAGAGAUAGGGACUGUGACCGGAGGCUCACGGUUUGCUUCACAGCCAAGUGGGGUUUGAAUCCUGGUGUCUCUCAGGCUCUAACCACUAUCCCAUGUUGUCUCUGCGUGGCCGGUAUUACCAUUUUAAGGGGCCACAAACGGACGAUUAUUUCAUUCCCUAUGACCGUGGGGAAAAGCCAAAGAGUCUGUCUGGGAAUGUAUCGCCUGUUCCUGCCCUUCUCGCCCUCCAGCCCCACACAGCCCCAAAGCUGCAUUGAUCCAAUCUUCCAAAACCCCAAUGAAGCCCUGAAAUCCAGGUUUUUCAGGCAAAAGAGUUUGAAAUGUUUUUUCUUCCAUCGGGAUAUUUGAAAAAGGUGUUGGUUGGUUAAAAAAAAAAAAAUUUUUUUUAAUGCCGUUCUCCCUGUAGCUUUUUCUAAGCUGUUUUGGGCUCCCAUAUUUAGGAUAGCAAGCUUUAUUUACUAAUCUUCAAAAACGGACAGCUCAUCCCCAUCUUUGGGGGACCAGGCAAAUCCCAGUUCCUCCCUCCCUCCUGAGCUUCAAGCUGAGACCGGGUUGUCUCCUCUUGCUUUCCCUCCACUUUCCCUGCAAUGUAGGUAACAGCUCUAGGCCGCCAUCUUGGAGGAUGCUAGAGGAAUGGGCGCCAUAGAGUCUGUUGGCUGGAGUGGUUCUCGCCCAGCGGUGGCCCUUCUGGUCCUGCAGGCACCAUUUUGAAAGAGGGCAAAGGGACGCUUGCUUGGCUAGAGCAGGAGAAAUGGCAGACUCCUUGACUGCAGUGCCCCCCCAAAACUGGGAUGGCCCCCCAAAAAACCUAGCCAUAGACUUCAGCCUGGGAGGCUUUUAAAGUAGUUUAUCCUCUGAAGUUGAUGGAAUUAGAGAAGACUUUGAGAGCUUGGUGCCCUCCAGGGAAGUUUGGUCUCUGUAUAGCAUAUGGAAAAGGCAGAUGAGUUGGGUCUAGUCUGGUGGGAUCCAUGACCACCAUUGCUUCCCCUUGGUUGGGUAUUGAGCAGGCAGCGAGGCAAGAUGGCAGAUGCAGACUACCCACAGGCGUCCCUGGCUGGGCUUGAACCACCAACCUUCUGGUGGUGGUUGUUAUUAUUAUUUGAAUUUAUAUACUGCCCUAUACCUGGGGGUCUCUGGGCAGUUCACAGAAUAAACUCAAGAUGUAAAGCCACAAAAUACCUAAUAAAAAUAAAAACAACCCAAUAGCCGCCCACACAAAACACAUUUUAAAAGGGCAUAGGAUGUCAAUCAGAUCAGCCAAAGGCCUGGUUAAAAAGGAAUGUUUUUGCCUGGCGCCUAAAGGUGUACAGGUGGUACCUCGGAUUACAUACGCUUCAGGUUACAGACUCCACUAACCCAGAAGUAGUACCUCGGGUUAAGAACUUUGCUUCAGGAUGAGAACAGAAAUAGCGCAGCAGCGGCGCGCGGCAGCAGGAGGCCCCAUUAGCUAAAGUGGUGCUUCAGGUUAAGAACCGUUUCAAGUUAAGAAUGGACCUUCAGAAUGAAUUAAGUUCUUAACCCGAGGUACCACUGUAUAAUGAAGGCGCCAGGUGAACUUCCCUGGGGAGAGCAUUCCACAAAUGGGGAGCUACUGCAGAAAAGGCCCCGUUCUUGUGUUGCCACCCUCUGCACCUCUCGAGGAGGAGGCACCCAAAGGAGGGCCUCAGAAGAUGAUCUCAGGGUCUGGGUUGGUUCAUAUAGAAACAAGUGGUCCUUGAGGUAUUGCGGUCCUGCGCCUCUGGGGAAUUUUGGCCAGACGCACCACCCAAGGGAACUGGUGGUGUCCCUCCCAGCUCCCCAAUUCCACACCAUCUCACCUCCCCUUCCCUGCCCGCCCCCCAUGGCUUCCUUGCUGACUCCGCUGAUGUCCCCGCUCCUUCCCCAGGAGACCGACCAGCUGGAGGAGGAGAAGGCUGAGCUGGAGUCGGAGAUCGCGGAGCUUCAGAAGGAACGCGAACGGCUGGAGUUUGUCCUGGUGGCUCACAAGCCCAGCUGCAAGAUCCCUUACGAGGACGUGCCAGAACUGAUCGGGCAGCCGGGCACCUCGGGCGAGGUGAGCGCUUUAGCCCUGGCGGUCAAGGAGGACCCCUUUGGGCCCACGGCCUACUCGUCGCUGCCCCUCCACUACCAGCAGACCCUUGGCGGAGUGCAGGCCUUGUCCCCCGCGGAGGUAGCGUUUUCUAGUUCUUACUUUUCACAUGGUGAACAGCUGACCGACCCAUACCCGGCUAACCCUUCCUAUACGUCUUCGUUUGUCUUCACCUACCCAGAGGGAGCCACCUGCGGAGCCACACACCAGCGGAACAGCAGCAGCGACCAGUCCUCGGACUCCCUGAACUCUCCCUCGCUCCUUGCGUUGUGAAACUCAAAAAACCACACCCGCAACAACAAACUGCAAAAGCCCAACCCCCUCCCACUCUCGAACCCUUGUCGCUGCCUGACCUCCAUUGGAAAAAACAAACCAAAACGACCCAUGUGUGCAAACUUCUGCGUUAAGCGAAGGGGGGCACAAGAGAGAGAGAGAGAGAGAAAUGGCAAAAUGCGUACCCCCCCAGCUUGGGAGCGUCGAACCUUUAAAACACCAAUAUCUAUCUAUAAAGAGACCAAGUCACCUGCCAGCCAUUGCUACACCAGCACCCAAGCUAUGUUGUUGUUGAUGUUCAGACUGCCGGGGUGCAGUGAGUGGAACGCCUUUUUGUGUCUCGACGGUCGCUUUCAACAUUUCCUUGUUUUUUGGGCUUUGCAAUUUCCAAAUGGGAGAGCGAAGGAGGAAGGAUGUUUCUGGGCUACAGCGAUGGAUGAUCUACCCUCCGCCUCGGAAGAACUCUGAGCCUAAAACUUGCUUUUCUGGGGGGAAACGGGGCCCUUGCCUUUUGCUGAACGUGGACUUUUUGGCGCUGUGUGGACUGUGACGAUGGUUCUCUGAUUCUUGCUGCCUUUUGUUCAUGGAAUCAUAGAAUUGUAGACUUGGAAAGGGACCCCAAGGGGUCGUCUUGUUGUAAGAAGCCGAGCAAAAGGGGAUGACCUGUCAGUAGGGGGAAUGAGGAGGAAUGGGGUUGGGCUCCUCCCCUGUUCUAGCAGACCCUACAUUGCCUGGCUGCUUAUGAAUCUUCUGCCAGCUGCACGGUUAUAAAUGGGCACUCUCAAGGCACUUUAUCAGCCUGCACUAUGAAACGUGGUUGAGAGAUUGACCGGCCAGCGACCAUCCUUUCCCAAAUUAUUUUGGCAGGUGCCUACUGUCAACCUCAAAAAAAAGUCUAGAAUAUGGCGCAAGAGGUGCUUAAAAGUUCUUGUUUUCUGUGUGGUUUAAGCUUGCUGCCUGAUCAGAGGCGCAUGCUUACUCAGAAGUAAGCGCAACAGAAUUCAGUUCCUUAUGAGUUGCACCCUUAACGCGCAGAGGAGCAAGUCUACUUUAAUAGGCUUGCAAGCAGAAAUUAUUCCAGUUCACACGAUUACCAGUUUAGGCGCUUUGGUGAAUGUCCUGGGAAUAUAAUCAAAGGGCAGUAGAAAAGUAUUUGGUCUUAAAGUAUGAAGAAAAGAAGUUUUCUUUUUCUUCAUACUUUGUUAAUAUAUAUAUUUUGAGUUCAAUCCAAAAUUGAAAACUUAAUUAAUGAGAACCUCUGCUGCAAAAUUCACCAGAUUUUAAACUUGUGCAAUAGUUUGGCAGCCCUGGUGGGCCUGUCAGAAAAUACAGAAGCCUUUUAGAGGAUAGCAGCCUCCAUGCUUGUAAAGAAAGCUUUUUUGCUAGGAAUUUGCACAGUGGGCUGUCUGGAACGCCACAUCUUAUUUUUGUCCAGCUGGUUGGGAGGCCAGCUCUACGUUGGGUCUACCCACCGCCUUUUAAACUUGGCCACAUCCCCACCCCCACCCCCGAAUGAAUCCUCUUCCCACUAGGGGCUUCUUCCUUUGCUCGGUUUCCCGUGGGUGGGUGGCUGGCAACCAUUUUGCCGGGAUGUUGGGGAGCUGCGCUGGUGACAUACUGUGAACGGACCUCUCCCCCCUCCUUGUAUAGAUGCUUUCCUCCCCGACCCUGGAUAUUGUGACACUAUGUACUUUAAGCUGCCUGUAACCUCUCCGUUUCCUUUUGCUUGAUGUAUCCGUGGUUUUUGAAGCUGGCUCUUCUUCCCCACCACCCUUUUCUCCCUUGGUGACACUGUUGGUGAGAACCCCCCCCCCCCUGGAUAUUUAGCUGACUUCCAUCCCCGGCUGCAGCCUUUCCUAAUUUCUGGGCUUCUGGCUUCCUUCCUGCCUAGCUGCACCCUGGUGGAUAUCACUUUAGGGUGCCCGGAUCCUCAAAUGUGAGCUCCCUUUUUGAAAAGUGUCGGUGGCUCAGCCUGUCCCAGCAUUUCAAUCGGUUUGCAGCCGUGUUGCUUGUGAAGUGGGGCCCCCACCCCACCCCAGGGUCUCCUUGCGCCCUGUUGCUUUGGCUGCCAAUGCCAAGUGGCGCUUGUGUAUCUCUUGUGUGUGAUCUUGUGCAACAGCGCUGCCCGCUUCUGACACCGCGCUGCCUCUUAUUAACCUGCCACACGAGUGUGUUUAUGGACUGGGGUAAAACAAAAAAACAAAAACAGCUGCCUUGUUGCUUUUAUGGAGCUCUAGAGCACGCCGUUCAGGAUGUUUCCAAAAAAACUUUCCUCGUGACCAAGCUUUCAAUGUUGUGUUUAAUUUUUUUUUAAACCAGAAUUAUUUUUAAUCUUAUGGACUUUUAUUUUAACCGGCUUUUAUUUUUAAUUGCUUAUUAUACACUUGCUGGGGAAACGGGGGAAUAUUUUUAAUUUUUAACUAUUAUAAUAAUUAUUAUUAUUUUUACCCCCUUGUGCUGUAAUAUUAUUUUUGUGUGUGAUGUUGUUUUGUUAAGCAGCAGGCGGGGGCCGUCGGACGGGAAGGAGGGGAGAGAACUCUGGACCCGGCUGGCGGCUCUUCCCUGCACUUAACCUUGGCUAGCAAAAAUAGCAAAUAAAGACAGCUUUGAAAAAUGCACUUUUUAACGAUGGAUAUAAGAUCUCUAUUUUUUCAAACUCCUGUAAAGUUCACAUUAAGGUGCAAUAAAAAAAAAAGAAAAACCUCGAGCCGUAGAGCUGCCUGGCUU